UACACAACGUCUUUCAUGUAAGUGUACUUUGAAGAUACCGAUCGAACCCCUCACAUGUGCUAGAACCUGAACAUGUUGAGAUACGAGAAGAUUUAAGCUAUAUAGAGGAACCAGUGGAGAUUGUCGAUCAAAAACUCAAGCUACACCAAAAUCGUAGUAUACCGAUGGUCAAAGUAAUUUGGAGAAACCACUCGAAUGAGGAAGCUAUGUGGGAAACAGAGGAGAACACGAGGAAUCAAUACCUCUACUUGUUUAAAAGUAAUUUUCGGGGACAAAAUUUAUUUAGGGGGAGGAAUUGUAAUAUCCCACCCUCACGAAUCGCUUAAUACUUAAAUCAUGUAGGUUACAAUACAAAUGUUGGACACAUUUUCUAUUUGUUCAUAGGGUUAAUGAGAUGAGUUGUAAAACAUGUAGAUCACAUCUUCAUAUAACUAAAUUUAACAUGAAAAAUUACAUCAUCCCAAACCCAUCCAAGUUAGCCAAUGGUAGAGCAAGAGAACCGAAUACCACUAGGUCAAUGAACAUUUGAGUAGUUGUUUUGAUCUGUCACUUUAAAUUAGAACUGGUAAAACGGUCGGUAAUCGGUUAAAUCGAUUAUCAUUAAACCGGUUAUUGGUAUACCAGAAGUCAGUACAUCGCUGUUGUUUGCCGAUACCGAGUAAAUUCCGGUAAGUCAAUUACCGAUUAGGACGGUAUCGGUUUUGCCCCGGUUACCCAUUUUACCGCAAAGUGGUUGCGAAAUUCAGUACUGCUGACUACUGCGGAAAUUAGUGCCCCAAAGUGGAAGGAAAUCAGUGUGCGGCCAAUUAGCUAUUUGACUUGGGAUUUAUUGGCUUAUUGAUGGAGAACAUAUAAGGUAAACCAUAAAUUACAAAACUACAAAUAUGUGAGUCGAUGGAGAGGCCAAUCAAUCAUUCAACCUUCAUUGCAUGAAAUAGACGGAGAGGCCAAUUGCUGGGCUGUUAGGCGAGCGAUUAAGCUCUGAUGCCGGUAGCUGACGGGGGUCGACGGAAACAGGGCCGAUGGCGAUGGGGUCUACGGAAACAGGGCCGAUGGUGACGAGCCUGACGGAGAGGAUGAAGUUGUGUACUAGGAUGCUGAGUCAUGUAUCGUGGGUCGAGCUUGCGCCGACGACGGGGAGGACGAAGAUUCCGCAGGUUCUGAUCGGGCGGCGUUUGGAUCUAGGAGCAAAGGAGGGAUUAGGCGGUGUGACUCCUCAUACGUUAGAGUCACGACCUUACUCUCAAUCGUGCGGCCCUAGCUCUCAAUUCCGUUAGAGCUCUAGGCAGCCUUUCUCUCAAGUCACUUGCAAGCAAAGAAUAAGAAAGCAAAGACAAAGAU